GGGUUGCGGUGCGGCCAUCGGAUGGGGUGGAGACGGGAUGCGGAGCGGCAGUUUGUCAGAGGAUUGGUGGUCGAGGGGUAGGUUUAAACGGCUGCUUGGUAGGUAGGUAGGUAAGGCGGUUGCGGCGGCGGCUGGAUCGGAUCGGAUCGAUGGGUGUGAUUAGUGAGCGGGUGGGAAGGACUUGCCUGACUGUCACAAGUCUGCUCGUCGCGUCUCGAAAGCCUCAAUCCACAAAGCCUCAAUCGCAUACCUACACACAAGGCCUCCCUCUCCGUAUCGACAGCCAUCAGUCAGCCUCACACUCCACAAACAACCCCGCCACCAAACCGCCCUGUACCCACGCACCCACUCACUUACCCAUGCCUACGCAGCCGCACGGCACGAGAAGCACCGCACUGCUCCCACCCUCAUUACUCACCCUCAUCCUCAUCCCUACUCACCCCACCAACCGCACCCACCCCCGGACGCAAGCAACCGUAUCCCCGCUGCACGUUGCCGGGGCUGCGCGGGCACUUGAGUGUGUAUGUGUGUGUGUGUGUAAGCGGAGCGGUAGCGGGUAGCAGUAGUACGGGGGACGGGUGGUUGCUGGGUUGCUGGCUUGGCGGUGCGGGGAUGGGGUAGUGCGCGUAGCAGGUAGGGAGGGACAUACCUACCUAGGUAUUCUUCUCUCUCAUCCACCCCAACCCGCU